AUGAUUAUUCGUGUUGAUAAAUGUAGUACCUUUGGCAUCAAAAAAGCUCUAACAAAAUCAACCCAAUACCUGCCUAAACUACUUAUUAACAAGCAACUAAUUCCAAAGAUCAAUAUCGGUGAGGCUUUUCAAUACUUAGGAAAAUACUUUAGUUUUAAUAUGCCAGACGAACACCACAAGUCUGAACUAAUCUCACUCGUUGAAGAACUAAUGGCAGAUAUUGAUUCCAAACCAAUACAUCCAAAAAAUAAAAUCCUCCUCUAUACAGUCGAUAUCUUCUGUCAAGAUUAUCCUGGCAUUUUACAGUUUCUAGCGUAUCGAAAACGUGGGUCACCGAAAACAUUGAUUCCAAAGUCAACAGUUAAUUAUAUCCGUAAAUGGCUUGAUAUACCUAUAUCUGGAACGCUAAGCAUUGUUUUCCUAACCCGCAACAAGUUUGGCCUCAGUAUUUGUCCCCCAUCUGUCAAAUUUAUUCAAUGUCAAACUGUUCUCCGUAAAGCCCUAAAAACAUCCCCAAACGAAGCAAUUAACGAUCUUUGGAAAGCAACUAGCAAUAGCAAAUAUAUUCAGUAUGACGUUUAUAACUCCACUAAGCGAGUUCUUAAGGACUUUUGCUCUGGACAAGAGGGUAAACUGCAUACUCAAUUAACCUGUCAAGGCUCUUUCUUCAUUAAUAUAACAAAGUUCUCACUGUCCCAACUCACUAAAAUUUGGUCUGCGUGCCAAUCGAACCUUCCGAAAAAUAUAUUCAACUUUACAGUUCGAUACAUCAAUAACUCCCUUCCAACGCGCCAAAAACUUGCAAGAUGGGGUUUAUCACCAACUUCAGACUGUUCGCGAUGUCUAGCUCCUGAAACACCUCUGCACGUAGUAGCUGGUUGCCAGUCGUAUCUAGAACGAUUCACGUGGAGACAUGACUCCGUUCUAAACUUUCUCGCAAUAAGCCUGCAGACCGUAAGCGGCUCACAUCUUUACGUGGAUCUUCCAGGGUACAAAAGUCCAUCAAUCAUCACUGGUGACAACUACCGUCCAGAUUUUCUACUUUCAACCUCAACUGGAACACUCUAUAUUGUUGAACUUACAGUUGGCUUCGAAUCAAAUCUUCAAAAAAACGUUGAGCGUAAACAAUCAAAAUAUAAAGAAUUAAUUAGGGAACAAAAUGAACAUUUCAACUCAGUAAAAUUUGUAAAUCUUUCGAUUAGUUCUCUUGGUGUUUUCAGUAAAGAAUGUUGUACUCUCAUAGAAAUGCUUAAUGAUUUUGGUUUUCAAAAGCAACAUCAGAAUUACUGUAUUAGAAGAAUGACGACGAUUGCAAUCCGAACAACGUAUUAUAUAUUUUGUUGUCGAAACAAGGAAUGGAUGAAUCCGGAACUGUUAACUGUUUAA